UGCUAUCACUCGGUUACGGUAACCGUUGAUCUUCUGCGGCUCUUUUCCCUUUUUGCCUUACUUCUCACCAACACGAUCAUUCCUUUGCCGUUCAACAGACUGUCGUCGAACAGCUCCCCGUGCGGACCGUCAAACGUUGCUGCCGCUGCUUCCUAUAUGGGCUUCUUUGAUCAUGCUAGUGGAGUCUUCAUGCAGGAUCCUUCCACCUCUGACUCUGGUUAUCCUUUGGAGUUUUCAGACACGACUCCUUUCAUUGCAUCUUUUCCUCUGCUCUGCCGGUCCUCCCUUAUUGUUGUCUUCUCAGGUCAACUCGCUCGAGUCGUCAUUGCCUGCAGUUGGGGACCGAAUCGAUUCGCUUAGAAACGCCCGUGAAUCAACCAUGAUGUAUGUAGCUCAAGAACGAGCUAUUUCAGGUCCACGCUAUGGCAUGGUCUGAUAACGAGGGUGACAAUAGUCACACAACUUUGCCAGCAAGACCAUCCCUAUGUUGGCCAAAUGAGCACACUGCAUGGCCGGUGCAUUGCAAUACUUAUCGUUGGGCCAACCACAUGUCCUAUUUCAUUUUUUGUACUCGACC